AAGCGCAUGUGGACGGGCGAACAUGUGACUUGAAACACCACCAAUCAGGACUCGUUUAUGGCGCAGAUACUGUCAACAAAAGUUGUGGAUGUUGGGUCAUUGGAGUUGAUCGUCAAAGAGCUAUCCCCACACUGCAGACAUGACUAAACAAACGGUUCAAUCCCAGACGGAUCAAUGCGUCAACCAGGGAGGAUUAUGGGACUCUAUGAAGAAGGCAGCCUUCAUCAUUGGCUCAAGCCUCUUCUUCCUGGUGGCGUUCCGGAACUCAGUGAUGUGGCAUCUGCAGCGGUUCUGGGGUGCAUCUGGAGACUUCUGGCAGACCCAGUGGAGUAACCUACUGCUCCACUUUGAAGGUCGCGAGACAACGCUCUUCUUCCUGGGGACCAUGCUGGUUCCCACCGCUGGUUUCUGGUUGUUGAAUGGACUUUUCAUGUUGGCUGACUCCACUGGAAAGCCAAGCUUCAUCACACGCUACCGCAUCCAACAGGACAAGAACAACCCGGUGGACCCUGAGCGUCUGCGUCAUGCGGUGAUCACGGUGCUGAGGAACCAGCUGUUCCUGUCGGCUCCACUGGUGGUGUUGACCUACCUGGCCAUGAUGGCCACAGGUGACCCCAUGAACCCCCAGCUGCCCCUCUUCCACUGGGUGCUGCUGGAGCUCAGCCUCUGUGCCCUGCUGGAGGAGAUCAUGUUCUACUACUCACACAGGUUGUUCCACCAUCCUGCCCUUUAUAAGCACAUUCAUAAGAUCCAUCAUGAGUGGACGGCCCCUGUUGGAGUAGUUGCCCUCUAUGCACAUCCUCUGGAACAUGUGCUGUCCAACAUGAUGCCUGCUCUGAUUGGCCCGGUGCUGCUGCGCUCCCAUCUGACCACCACGGUGCUGUGGUUCACGGGGGCCUUUCUGGUCACCACCAUCUCCCACUGCGGCUACCACCUGCCCCUGCUGCCCUCGCCCGAGUUCCACGACUACCACCACCUCAAGUUUAAUCAGUGUUUCGGCGUUCUGGGUGUGUUGGAUCGUCUCCAUGGCACAGAUGACAAAUUCCGUCAGACGAAAGCAUAUGAGCGACAUGUACUCCUACUCAGCCUUACACCCCUCACACAAACCGUCCCCGACCCACCCAAGAAGUCUCAGUGAGCACACACACACACACACACACACACUCACAGAUCUGACUGACAUACUCAAGAACACCUUAAUCCACAAACACAGACACACACACACACACAACCUUGUACAGAUAUGACUGACACCCACACACACUGAAAAAUACCUUAAUCCACACACACACACACACACACACACAAAUACACACUCAGGGUUAUUUAUACCUUACACCAUACACACACACACACACACACUAAUACUUUCCAUUAUGAAUUAGAACAAUAAGAGCAGAGGUUAGAAAAUAUUUCCUAAACCAAUCUUCUGUUCCAUGUGGUUCCACUCUUCUGUUCCAUGUGUUUCCACUCUUCUGUUCCAUGUGGUUCCACUCUUCUGUUCUGUUCCAUGUGGUUCCACUCUUCUGUUCCAUGUGGUUCCACUCUUCUGUUCCAUGUGGUUCCAUUCUUCUGUUCCAUGUGGUUCUUUCACCAAUCUCUUUAUGUAGUGUCUAUGUACACUAGCACAAAAUGCAAAGGCAUUUUCACACACACACACACACACACACACACAGAAUCAGUGGCCAUUGAGGCGUUUUACUAAGUGUACAGUCAUAUGAAAUGCUAAUAUUAGAAUGUUUAAUGAGAUGAUGCACCUUUGCACUUUGGCCUUUGUCUUUACUCCUAAUUGCCAUCUCGCAGUCACACUAACAGUCUUUGUACUUUAUCAAACAAAUAUUUUAUUUUUCUCUAAAUCAAAAAAGCACUUAAUUUCAUAUGUACAGCAGGAUAUUAUGGGGAUUUUAAGAGGAGGAUCUGUUGAGUGGAUUGUUUCCUACUCUAAUUUUUGUGAGAUUUUAUAGUUGAGAAUGAUGGCUCGUCCUGGGAUGGCGAACCAUGGUCUUUGUAAUGUAAAUGCACUCUCAUUGUGGUGUCUUUUAUGAUUAAAAUAUUUAACUUUGAA